AUGGCAAAUAUCCCCCUUGUACUCUGCAUUUGUCUUCUGGGAGCUUGUCUUGGUGAUGAAAGUACAGUUUUCAUUGAUAACAAAGAAGCAAACUCAGUUCUCCAAAGGCAAAAGCGAGCCAAUUCCAACAGACUGGAAGAGGUUAUUCCUGGGAACCUCGAGAGAGAAUGCAUAGAAGAAAAAUGCAGCUUUGAGGAAGCCCGAGAAGUGUUUGAAAACACAGAGAAAACGAUGGAGUUUUGGAAAACAUACAUUGAUGGAGAUCAGUGUGACCCCAAUCCAUGCAAAAAUGGAGGCUUUUGCAAGGAUGCAAUAAGUUCCUAUGUGUGCUGGUGCCCACCUGGGUAUGAAGGCAGAAACUGUGAGAUAGACUUCACUUGUGCUAUAAAGAAUGGAGGCUGCAAGCACUUUUGCAGGCACGACCCAUCCAACAAAGUUGUGUGUUCCUGUGCCACUGGCUACAGACUUCAUGAAGAUGGAAAGUCCUGUGAACCUACAGUGCCCUACCCCUGCGGGAGGAUCACGGCUCCAGAAGCCAAGAACAAGCUCACCAGGGCCAUAAACACCUUCGAGCACUGGAACAUCAGCACCAACGACCACGAUGAUGAUCACGAGGCGCUCGACAACACCACGGAACGCGGCCCCGCCGCCCCCACGAGGAUCACCCCCAUCAUCAAGACUGGCACACGCGUGGUCGGCGGGUCAGACAGCAGGAGGGGAGAGGUGCCCUGGCAGGUUUACCUGGUGAACAGCCACAACGUGGGCUUCUGUGGUGGGUCCAUCAUCAACGAGAAGUGGGUGGUGACAGCAGCUCACUGCCUGAACCCGGGUGACAACGUCACUGCUGUGGCAGGUGAAUACAGCACCAGUGAGGAAGAUCACACCGAGCAGAGGCGGAAGGUGGUGAAAAUCCUUCCCCACCACACCUACAACGCCACCAUCAACAAACACCACAACGACAUUGCCCUCCUGGAGCUGGACCAGCCACUCACCUUCAACAGCUACGUCACCCCCAUCUGCAUUGGUACCCAGAAGUUCACCAACGACCUGCUGAAGCACGGGACGGGGACAGUGAGCGGCUGGGGCAGCACGCUGUUCCGGGGCCGACCAGCCACCAUCCUCCAGGUCCUCCAGGUGCCUUAUGUUGACCGGCCAACCUGCCUCAAGAGCACCUCCACCACCAUCCUGCAGAACAUGUUCUGUGCAGGCUUUGCUGCUGGGGGCAGGGACACCUGUGGGGGUGACAGUGGAGGUCCCUACACCACCGAGAUUGAGGGCACCUGGUUUCUCACAGGGAUCACCAGCUGGGGUGAGGAAUGUGCCAAGCCAGGUAAAUAUGGCAUCUACACCAGGGUCUCCAAGUACCUGAAGUGGAUAAGGGACACCACAACACUCAACUAA